GAUGCUAGAGAGAAAAUUUUGGUAAUUUUCAAAAUUCAAAUCCUAAGGAUAAAAACUAAUCAAUGAUUUUUUUUAUAACCAAUAUUUUAUUGAUAUUAACUUGAGUGUAUAUAAUUCUCAUUUAGAGGAUUAGUAAUCACUGUUGGUACAAAAUUAAAUUUUUAUUUGGAAUAUUAGAUUUUGCUAACGUAUCAGCCACUUGUUUUGCGUUUCUUCCCACCCAAGAUAAUGUACAUUCUUCAAAAACUUUAGCAUCCACCAUCUUAUCUCUCUAAUCCAAUUGUAGGCUCCAAAAUGUGGCUCUUGAUCAAUGAUUAUAAGUGAAAAACAAAGAAGGUGUUUUUAAUGCAAAAUACAAAAUAUUUAGCUUGGGCUUGUUGGGCUCAUAAUGAUCGUUAGCCCAUUUAUACUCUCCUUCUCCGAGAUAUUUUCCCGCCAAAAUGAAUUGGGGAAUUAGGGCUCUUUUUAGUGCCGUGAAAUGUUUGAGAGGAGAGCAAAACCUGUAAAAAGAGUGAGAGAGAGGAGAGAGCUUUGUUAUCCACCAAAGACGACGGAACCUUGCUGCCCACAGUACUCCCUGCUCCGACGUCGACCUAUUAAACAGAGAGGUGAAAGUCGUCUUGUGCUUAUACUUUAUUUGUCUGAUGAUGGAUAUCACUUCGAAAAGGAAAGCUGUUGCAGAGACGUUGAUGAAAGGGACCGGUACUGCAGCAUUUUAUUCUGCUUCUGAUGAAGCUGUUCACUCCCCUCGUGUGAGUUGUGCUGUGAGCGUUGGCGACAAGAGAAAGAGGAACGAGCUUGGUGGGUCUAAUGAUGACGGUGCUGGUCUCAAGUUUAACGACUUUGAGAAGCUCCGGAAAGAAGUAAACUUUUUGGCUGGGCAGACUUGGGCUAUGUAUGAUAAUGUGGAUGGGAUGCCUAGGUUGUAUGCCAGAAUCCGAAAAGUUUCAGCUCCUUUGUUUGGAUUAAGGAUCACACACUUAGAGGCAGAUCCAGAUGAUGAGAGAGAGAUACUAUGGUUUGAACAAGACUUGCCUGUUUCUGCUGGUCAGUUCAGGCUUGGGAAAAAUGAGAACAUGAAAGACUGUUCGAUGUUCUCACAUGUCAUACAUUGCAAGGAAGGAGGCAACACCGGUCAUCUCACUGUUUCACCGAGAAAAGGCGAGACUUGGGCUCUAUUCAAGAACUGGGAUAUCAACUGGUCUUCAGAGCCUGAUUCUCACCGCAGAUAUGAGUAUGACAUUGUGGAGAUUCUGUCUGAUCACGCUGAUGGAACUGGUGUAUCUGUUGCGUUCUUGCAUAAAGCAAAAGGCUUUGCAAGUGUCUUCUUUCGAAUGGGAACUGGUGUUGCAGACAUGUUUCGAAUGGGAACUGGUGGUGAUUCAGACACAUCUCAGAUUCUGCCUCAGGAUAUAUAUCAGUUCUCCCACAUGAUCCCUUCCUUCAAACUGACAGGCUUUGAAGCAAAAGGCUUACCGAAAGAUGCUUAUGAGUUGGACCAAGCUGCGUUACCUGAAAAAGUUGAAGAGAAAGACAUCCCUUCCCAUCUGAUCCCAAGGCCUAAACCAGAAGCUCUCUGCUUUCCGAGUAAGCAUACGGGAAAGGUUUUUCAAACUGGUCAGUUCUGGGCAUUUGGUGGAGAUUACGAUUUCACGCCUCGGUUCUACGGUAGGAUUCAGAAGAUCAUACUAACUCAGGCAUUCGAUGAGGCAGCAGAGUUAAAGAUUCAUGUAUCUCGUUUAAAGGCUACUUCGUUCCCUGAGAAUGUCAUCAAGUGGAAGGACAAGAGAAUGCCUGUUGGUUGUGGAACUUUCUCGGUGCCUAAAAGUUGCUCAAUAUUCUAUCCACAACACCUUACACAUCAGAUAUUUCCUGAAACCUCCAUUGAUGGAAAUGAAUGUACCAUUCUCCCCAAGAUCGGCCAAGUGUGGAUGAUUUACACAGACUGGGUUCCUCACUAUGAUUUGGUAGCACUAGAAGAACACGACUUGGACUUUGAAGUCGUUGAAGUUCUUGAUGACGCCUUGAACUACAAGGUUUUAGCGUUGGAGCGUGCCUUGGUUACUAGUGAAGAGAAAAAUCAUUUCUUCAGAGCAGCUAAGAGUAGGCCAUCUUAUUGUCAUGAGGAGGAUGGGACAGGAGUGAUAUUUACAAUCCCACAGUCGAAAAUGCUCAGAUUCUCUCAUCCGCUUCCUGCUUCCCGUGUAACCAAAGAGGUAGAUGGAGAGAUGGAAGUGCUCUUUGAAGUUGAUAAGAAAGCGUUACCUCUUGGCCCAUAAGGAUGCGAGGGAAGGGUUCCGUUUUGUUAGCUUUUUGGUGUUCUUGACUGGGAGAUAUAAGAGAGUUUAAACUUAGCCUUUUCUCCAUGGUUGUUCUUUUGUUGGGUUAAAAUCUUGUGUUUUGACAAGUGUAGGAAAAGACUUUCUCUAUGUUGUUCAUUAGAAUGAAAAGUUUAAGCACUGAAAAUUUGCAGCAAAUCUAAAGAUGUUAUUAUAAAAUCGUAAGGAAUCAUGUUUAAGCUUCAGCUUUGCGUUGUCUUUAGCCUAGUGUUAUCAUAAAGCAUCAAGGGCGUUUGGUCUAGUGGUAUGAUUCUCGCUUUGGGUGCGAGAGGUCCCGAGUUCGAUUCUCGGAACGCCCCUUUUUUUUUAACAUAUAUUUUACGGCCGUGACUUUUCAAUGAGAAAAAGAAAACGGCUCUAUAUAUCCCAUCUCAUUCAUUUGAUGUAACGUUCUCAAAUCCUAAAAUCACGGCCGUGUCUUUUUAAUGAAGAAAGAGAAAACGACUCUAUAUACAGUAUUUCAUUUCAUCUCAUUCACUUGAUGUAACGUUCUCAAAUCCUAAAAGGCUAAAAUCUCGCCGUGACUUUUUAACGAAGAAAGAGAAAAACGACUCUAUAUAUUAAUCUCAUUCACUUGAUGUAACGUUCUCAUACCCUAAAAU